AAUGCCUGACUGCCUGCACUCGUCUCUUGAGCAAUAAAGUUACAAAAUAUAUAUUAUGAAGAUAUCAAUUAUUUAAUUUUUUAUAAUAAAAAAAAGAAUUUAGGAGAUAAUAAUUUAUAUAAUCAUCAAUUGACAUCUUAUUGGAAACCAUGUUUUCGGCAAAGAUUUGGAAUAAAUGCUUCAACAUAGCCGCCGAACGUAUCAAUCUUUCAUUUCCAAUGUGCAGAACAUUCUCAAGUGAUGUUAUAUCAACAGAAACUGCUAAGCCUGACAAGUUAUACAAGAAAAUAGAAAUUGAAGUACGAGGAAAUGAUAAAGCUGUUUUACAAAGUUAUGGGAUUUUUGCUACAACUGCAGCAGAUCAUCUAGGUAUUACAGUAGGUGGCAAUUUUGCUCCUCGCAAAGCAACUCAUCAACGAUUGACUCUUCUCAAAGCUAAGCAUGUUUAUAAAAAACAUCGAGUUCAGUAUGAAUUUAGGACAUAUUAUAGAUUUUUAGAAUUUUUGAAAAUGACAGGAUCAACUGCUGAUACGUUUUUAGAAUAUAUUCAAAGAAAUUUACCAGAAGGUGUAGCAAUGAAAGUAACAAAGACUGAAAUUCAAAGGUUACCAGAAUCUGUCAGUACUCCACCAAGUUAAAUUCAUGUAAAGCCUUUUAAUUUUUUCUUUAUUUCCUCACUCAGUCUGUUAUUUUGUUAGAGUAAAAUAUAUUUGUGAACAGAA